UCGAUAUUUUAAGAAUAUGUAGGCAAACAAAACUUAUCAAUACAAAUUCAAACAAUUUCUUGUAAUAAAUUUAUCUUGAGUGGAAAUUUUUGGAAUACUAUUGAUUGAAUUGUUGGUUGAAAGUGUUGCCGUUAGAUGUCGCGAAUUUCAACUAGAACCAUCAGGAGGGGGCAGAAUUGUAUAGCUGGAAAACAUAAUGCCAGUUAACAGUAAUGGUGGCCUGUUUGUUUUACGUUAGCGCAAGAGAACGACGGGUUCGUAAUGUUUCUUGAAUGAACUUGAACAUUAAAAUCAUCAAGGAACUCAUGUACUAUGUGAAUUGUGUGAUGAACUGUUUCAAGUCUUCAAAAAGUGUCGUAUUUUUCAGUUAAAAACUGCGUGAACUGAAUCUCCUUUUACUACAUACACAAUGAUUGAAAUCGUCGUUUCUGAUCGGAGAGAGGUGUUAUUUUUUUAAAGUUUAACCUAGGUGCAACUAGCAACGUGAUUUUCUUAAUUUCUUGUGCGAAAUACUUCGAAAAUUAAAUUGUGUCGAACAUGGAGGUACCCGUAGAACGAGGAGAAGCAGGCGCCUUAGGCGGUCUUUUCCAACAGAUAAUACAAGAUAUGAAGAAUGGUAUGCCUCUUUGGGAAGAUUUAAUUGCUAAAGCAACAAAAUUACAUUCAACAUUAAGGGCCGCGAUCUUGGCUGUUACGGCCUAUUUGGAAGCCUUCCAGAAGAUAGCAGAUGCCGCAACCAGCGCCAGAGGUGCUACCAGAGAAAUUGGAACUGCCCUUACGAGAAUUUGUUUAAGACAGAAAGCCGUAGAAGCGAAAAUGAAAACGUUUACGAGUGCUAUAAUGGACUGUCUGGUGGUGCCGCUGCAGGAGAAGCUCGAAGAUUGGAAGAAGACCGUCUUUACGCUGGACAAGGAACACGCGAAGGAAUACAAAAAGGCCAGGGCUGAAUUAAAGAAGAGAUCGACCGACACACUUCGAUUACAAAAGAAAAUGCGUAAAGGAGCCGGGGGCGAUUUACAAAAAAGAUUGGAAUAUGGUCUUCAAGAUGUUAACGAGAGGAAACAUUUUUUGGAGGAAACUGAAAAACAAGCCGUUCGAGCGGCUUUAUUAGAAGAGAGAAAUCGAUUUUGUACAUUUGUUGAGUUUCUUAAACCUGUAGUGGAUGAAGAAAUUGCAAUGUUAUCAGAAUUAUCAAGAGUUCAAGAAGUCGUUCAACAAUUGGAUAAACACACAGCUGAUCCUAAAACUUUACCACCAGCUUCAGAACAGGUUAUUGCAGAUUUAAAAAGUUCCGAUAGCGGGUGGUCAUUCCAAACACCACCUUCUUCCCCGUCUAGUUUGGGGUCUAGAAAAUCUUCGAUGUGUUCUAUCAGUUCAUUGAAUAGUUCCUCAUCUGGAAGCUCUAAAAGUCAUCAUUCUCCAUCACAUCCACAUUGGCACAGAUCUUUAUCACAGCCUGUUAGUCGGUCCGGAACCUUGCGUUACACCUCAGUUUUGAGCCAAGAUUCGGGCUUCACAUCCCAAGAUACCUUGUACCCAAGACCGCCCUCCUCUCUUAGUAUUGCCCAGGUAUCAAACAUGUCCGAACAUAGCAACAAUAGCAGCAGUUCAAGCACACCAUGCACACCAUUUCCUGCAACGACUCUUCCCAAUAGCACUGCCACGUGGCCAAAUCUUCAAGAAACUGUUCAAUUUGAGCGUGCCGCUAAUGCUAUUGUUGGUGAUAGACCUCAUACAAUAUCAUCAGCUUACGAAAAGGGGCACCAGAGGCCGGCACUAACGGUAUAUACAUUCCAAGCUCCAGAGCACAGCCUGUCGCAACCGGCUAGCCCGGUCGCUAGCAGCACGCCCGUAGACGGUGCACCCGGCAUCACCGCCAAGACUACUCAGAGCAAACCCCCUUUGCCCACAAGGUGCUCCUCUUUGGAACGACCCUCGGCCGUCAAAACGGUCGCCGGUUCCGUUCGUGUUUUGCCCCCAAACGCCGAUGGUCAUAAAUUAGUUAAGCCCACCUCUUUGCCACCCCAUAUCACUAAAGUGAUGCCACAACCGACAUACGUAAACAUGCAUGAGCUAGCGAGCAUGGCCGCAAAUAAAGCACAAGAACUCAACUUGCCACCGCCACCAGCGGAAUUCAUCACUCCAGCUCCAACCCCAACAGAAAAGGGGCCAAAUGAGGGUGAAAAAGAUGGUAGUACCAGCGAAAGCUCGUUAGAAUCUUCUAGUGGUUACGGAAGUCAAACUACGUUCACAGUCGAUGAUGCGGGCAAUCAAGAUGUAGAAAUCCAGUGUGAAUUUGAAGCUACAAGCAAAUAUUGCACGCUGCCACGCAAUAUCAACGGUGAUCAAUUUAGCACCAAUCGGAGGAGGCCCGUUUCUAUGUCAGCAUUAUACUCAAGUACAAUGCGAAGUACACUAUUACGAAGAAGUUCUGUACAAACAGCUAAACCACCGCCGCCAAUACGAAGAACAUCGUCUAUAACAAACACAAACAGACCGUUAACUCCCGUGGGAAGUAUGGAGAAUUUGCCUCCGCCUCCAGCUUUUCUUUUAGAACCGUCAAACUCGCCUAAACCGGCUCCUAACAUAGGAGUAAACGUCGCGGAAACCGUAAAAGCCCUAACCGAGUUAAAACACACUCCAGCGAGUCCAAACGCGAUUAGGCGAAGCGCUCCGCAAAUACAAAAUGUCGUCUACUCGACAAGUCCAAACAUGCAACAAAGUCCGAUUUUAAGUUCAUUCCAAGGGGGAGCGAAAAAAUUGUCGUACGUUUCACAAUCUGGCGGUGUUAUUUACGCGCAACCAUCGCAAGUUAUUCCUGGAAGUCCCAGUGCUGUUAGAAAAAUAAGUUUGCGAUCGCAAAGUGCUGAUAGAAAAAGUGGAGAAGGUCCUGGCGGUGUUGGAUCUAAUUUUAUCGCAGCUUUAAGCGCAAAGUUAGCGCCGAGCAUAAGUCCACGAUCCUCUAGGAGACACUCUGAAGAUUUAGUACCGGGAGUUAAUGUUAAUAUGUGUGGCCAACAGAAUACAACGAGAGGUCCAGGGCAAACAUUUUUAGAUUCUUUAAAUGCCAAAUUGGCUCAACAACAUAUCACAAAUAAUUGUAGUGCUCAGCAAACACGUGUCAAUAAAAUUCGGCAAAUUAUCAAUAGUAAGACUGUGUCUGAUCCAAAAAUAUGUCAUGAAUCAUUAAUGGAUCAAAUAAAACGCGGUGCAACAUUGAAACGACCAAAAAUGGUAAACGAUAGAUCAGCACCAAAAAUCUUUUAAAGAAAAACUUAGUGGGACAAUAUGCAUAAAGAAAUCUUUUAAAGAAAAUUUACGUUAAGUUUAUUUAAUAAUUCCGUUAUUGUAAGCAGUCGUUAUCAUAUCUUAUAAGGUUUUGCAUCAAUUUUCCGAGUUUUUUGAAAUUUGUACUACUUCAAUGAACGUUACCCGUAUUUUUUUGUUUCAAUCAUAUUUAUUUUACGUUCAGUCAAGAGAAAAAUGGAAAUUUUUCGUUUUCAUACCGAAUGCAACGUUACAUACGUCCAAUAGUUAUCGAUUGAACAUUAUUUUUUUAUUAUUAUACAAAAACCGUAUCGUGAAAACUACGAAGAUAAAACGCGUUAUAGUUAAUAAAAAAAAAUAUUAAAUUAUAACUACGUAUAUAAAAAAUAAAGUUUAAUAAGAAAAAACUAGUUGGUCACUGUAUUAGUGCGUUUCACUAUAUACAGUAUUAGCCUAACGAAUAAAUGCACGAUUUUUUAGAAACAGCUCAUUAUUUUUUAAAUUAUCCUAAAGUGUAUAUAAUUAAAACAAAAUUCUUAAUAUUAAGGAGA